UUCUUUCAUUCAGAAAUGGAAAAUCCUGAAGUGUCUGUGAGCAGCUGCAGUACUCGUGAUGAUGAAGAUCUUUGCAGCUACAAACGCCAGCUUUCAGAAUCACAGGAGGGACUUUUGGAAGAUCAGCUUAGAAGGAAGUUAAAAUUCUUCUUCAUGAACCCAUGUGAGAAAUUCUGGGCCCGAGGCAGGAAACCUUGGAAACUUGGGAUUCAGCUACUCAAAAUAGCAAUGGUUACUAUUCAGCUGGUGGUUUUUGGAUUGAGCAAUCAAAUGGUGGUUGCCUUCAAAGAAGAGAACACUGUUGCAUUCAAACAUCUCUUCUUGAAAGGAUAUAUGGACAGAAUGGAUGAUACCUAUGCUGUAUACACACAAACAGAUGUCUAUGACCAGAUAUUCUUUGCAAUAAACCAGUACUUAAAGCUGCCCAACGUUUCUGUUGGAAACCAUGCUUAUGAGAAAAAGGGAGCAGAAGAGACUGCUUUGGCUCUGUGUCAGCAGUUCUACAAGCGAGGAACCAUCUGUCCUGGAAAUGACACCUUUGAUAUAGACCCAGAGAUUGUGACUGACUGCUUGUACAUUGAGCCAAUGAUGCCGCUGGACAACGCAACAGUGGGAAAGCACAAUUUGAAUUUCACUCUGGAUUUCCACAGACUGGUGGCAGUGCAGCUCAUGUUCAAUCUGAAGGCAAUCAACCUCCAGACUGUUCGUCACCACGAGCUCCCCGACUGCUACGAUUUCACUCUGACAAUAGUGUUUGAUAAUAAAGCACAUAGUGGAAGAAUUAAAAUAAGUCUAGACAACGACAUAUCAAUCAAGGAAUGUAAAGAAUGGCAUGUUUCUGGAUCAAUACAGAAGAACACUCAUUACAUGAUGAUCUUCGAUGCUUUUGUUAUAUUGACUUGUCUGGCCUCAUUGAUCCUUUGUACACGAUCAGUGGUUAAAGGAAUUCAGCUCCAAAGGGAAUUUGUAAGGUUUUUCCUGUAUUAUUAUAAGAAAGAAGUAUCUUUCAGUGAUCAAAUGGAAUUUGUCAAUGGUUGGUACAUCCUGAUUAUGGUUAGUGAUGUCUUAACUAUUGUUGGAUCAACUCUAAAGAUGGAAAUACAAGCCAAGAGUCUGACAAGUUACGAUGUCUGUAGCAUACUCCUGGGGACAUCCACUAUGUUUGUGUGGCUUGGAGUCAUUCGCUACUUAGGUUUCUUUCAGAAGUACAAUCUUCUCAUCCUAACAUUGCGAGCAGCGUUACCUAAUGUAAUGAGGUUCUGCUGUUGUGCUGCUAUGAUCUACCUGGGCUAUUGUUUCUGUGGAUGGAUUGUUCUGGGACCAUAUCAUGUGAAGUUUCGCUCCCUGAACAUGGUUUCUGAAUGCCUUUUUUCAUUGAUCAAUGGAGAUGACAUGUUUGCCACAUUUGCAGAAAUGCAGCAGAAAAGUUACUUGGUUUGGUUAUUCAGCAGGAUCUAUCUCUACUCCUUCAUCAGCCUGUUCAUCUAUAUGGUGCUGAGUCUCUUCAUCGCACUCAUUACAGAUACGUAUGAAACUGUCAAGCACUACCAGCAAGAUGGCUUUCCAGAGACAGAGCUUCAGAGAUUUAUAUCACAGUGCAAAGAUCUACCAAACUCUGGCAGGUACAGGUUAGAGGAGGAGAGUUCUGCAUCUAUCUUCUGUUGUUGUAAUGUGAACAUGCUUAAUGGAGUGUGGGAAUGUAUCGUGGAGGCUUUGAAGCAGCAAGAACUGGACAGUGGAGCUGGUGUAAAACCUUUAUACCUAAAACCUGAAUUUGCUUUUCUUGAAAACCAGUUAUGCAGAGUGCGUGAGCUUGCGUUUCGUCUAGUGAAGAUAGUUCCUGUGGACCUUAGUGAGGACCCAUUCCCAGCUCAUCCUGUUUACCAGUAUUUCAGAGUUUGCUGUAGAAACAAGAACCUGAGGCCCGGCGGCCUUUCUUUUGCUGUAAAGAAAGAGGCAGACGCAACUUCAUGUGCUGCCGGCCCGACCGGGCGGCCGCGGGACACGUGGGCGGCGGGCCGCCCGCCUCCACCCGGGACACAUAAAGGCGGCGCGGGGGGGCAGGACGGGCCAGAACGGGCCGCGACGCGGGGCUCUCUGGCGGGACGGGGCUGGCCAGCCCGGCCCAGGCCACUAGGGUCGCGGCGCCGGUUUCCCCCGUCAGCUGCCGGGGGCUGCGGGAGCCCGGCGCCGCCUUGCCCGGGCAGCACCUGA